GAAAGCAGAAUGUAAAACACUUCCUCUCCCUCCCCUCCUGAGGAAAUCUUUUGCAUUGUUGCCACGUGAAUCUCUCAUCGAGGAACAAACAUUAUAUCAGCUGAGAAUGGAUUAAAACAUAUUUUUGAGAAUCAAGAAGAGGUUUCCAAGCUUAUCGCCGUUAUCCUUUUGAUUUUGCAGUGAAAUCGUUGCUUUUUACUUCAGCUUCCCUUGGCAGAAAUGGUGAAAAAAGAAGGCGGUAGUUCGGGGGAGAAACGACCAAGCAAGUCCAAAGAUGGCGGAUUGAGUGAUGAUGAUUCGAAAACAUCUUACAAGAACCUUGCUUUUCUUUGUCUGAUGAUUUUCCCAUCGCUAUUCUGGCUUGUGGCCGUCGGCAGUGAUGUUGUUUCUAAUCUUGGCUCCGUGUUUGGGAAUAGUUUGAAGGCUCUUUCGAUCACCAUCUUGUUCGUGAUUCCAGUAAUCGCAGGAUAUUUCAUCAAACCGCUACGAGGGUUUGUAAAGCUGUUGAUUCCUGCACUGCUUGCAGUGCUUCUCCUUCCCACCAUCCAAGUGUAUCUGUGCUCUCCACUGGAAAUGAAGAACGAGAACAUCGGAACGCAGUUCAGUUUGAAAACAACUGCCGCUGAAUUUCUUCAACGGGCUUGUGAAGAUAUCUGCCUAAAUAACUCUAAAAUUCCCUCCUCGUAUUCUCUGACCCUCUUCACACCGAGAGUUUCGCUGAAAGUCAAAUUCAGCCAAAUUGUAGACUUGAACUUAACCACAUCAGCUAUGGUUGGAGGGGAAAAACUUGCCAUGGCAAAAAUCGUACUGUUGAAAUCUUGGAGAAGUGUGAAAGGAAAAUAUUUUGCUCUUAACAUAAUCGCAAGGGUACCAGUGAAGAUCAAGAAAUUUCAGGAGAGGUUAGCAGCCGAACAAGGAAUGAUUUUGUCGGGUAGAGUGGAAAAUAUUCCCGCUGAUCUUAAGAAGCUUCGUGGUGAAUUGGAAAAGCAGAGACAUUUUGUUCGACCCUUUGUUUUGGAAGUCUUUCGGGCCACACCAAUGGAACGGUGAUUAAAGUAAGAAUUUUAAGGAUCGUAGAUCUUUUAGCACACUCUAUGAGAUACUGUGUGAAUUUAUUUUACAGAGAUCACCUCCCCCAGGUUCAUGACACCCUUCCAGAACUUGUUUUUACGUCAUAGAUAUUGAGAUGUAUUUAUGCAUCAGUAAGUUAAAGGACCAAUAAAAUUAUUUUGAUAUAAUAAAAUUCAGUCUAAAACAAUAGACCUCAGUACAAGGU